GUGCAUCAUAUUUAUGGUUCCGGUCGGCUUCCACACUCCACCUAAACGCUUCCCGCUCGUCCAGUUUCCGCUAAAUAACUACUUUCACUGGUUGUUUCGCGUUUCUUUUUCUGUGUCCAAAAUGCCUUUAAAGUUCGAGCUGUGUCCCGGUAGAAUGAUCGGAGGAAAUCACCCGUGCUUCAUCAUUGCUGAAAUCGGACAAAAUCACCAGGGAGACAUCGAAAUUGCCAAGAAAAUGAUCAAAAUGGCAAAGGACAGUGGUGCUGAUUGUGCCAAAUUCCAGAAGAGUGAAUUACAGUACAAAUUCAACAAGAGAGCCUUGGAGCGCCCCUACAAUUCAAAGCACUCCUGGGGGAAAACUUACGGUGAACACAAGCGCCACCUAGAGUUCAACCAUGAGCAGUACAGGGAACUGCAGAAAUAUGCCCAGGAGGUGGGAAUCUUCUUCACUGCCUCUGGGAUGGAUGAGAUGGCAGUGGAGUUCCUCCAUGAGCUCAAUGUGCCUUUCUUUAAAGUGGGCUCUGGAGACACCAAUAACUUCCCCUAUCUGGAAAAGACUGCCAAGAAAGGACGUCCUAUGGUGGUGUCCAGUGGGAUGCAGAGCAUGGAAACAAUGCGUCAGGUCUACAAGAUAGUGAAGGAGCACAACCCAAACUUCGCCAUUCUGCAGUGCACCAGCGCCUAUCCUCUGGAAGCUGAAGACGUCAACCUCAAAGUGCUGACGGAGUACCAGAAAGAAUUUCCAGAUAUUCCCAUUGGGUAUUCCGGCCACGAGUCUGGGAUCAAUAUUUCAGUUGCGGCUGUAGCUCUGGGGGCAAAGGUUAUCGAGCGCCAUGUAACCUUGGACAAGACGUGGAAAGGAAGUGACCAUGAAGCCUCGCUGGUGCCCAGUGAGCUAGCUGAGCUUGUCCGUUCCAUCAGAUUGGUGGAGAGGGCACUGGGGGAUGGCGUCAAAAGGAUGUUACCUUGUGAGAAGCCGUGUCAUGAUAAGCUGGGUAAGUCCUUGGUGGCCAAAGUGAAGAUCCCCAAAGGGACCGUCCUGACUCAGGACAUGUUGACCGUGAAGGUGGCCGAGCCCAUGGGGGUCCCGGCCGAGGACAUCUUCCAGCUGGUCGGUAAGACUGUGACGGAGGACGUGGAGGAGGACGAAAGCGUCUUGCCAGAGGUGGUGGAUACGUACUGCAAGAAGAAGAAGUGCUGAGGUUGGCAGACCGUUUUGAAAUUGGUAGAAAAGGCACUUCAUUUGAGAGGAAAUGUAAUCGAUUCCUCUGGGGAUAAGUCAAAAAGAGCUUGUGGGAUGGUGUUUGGUGCCGCUGAGAUUUCUGACAUUGAAGUUAUGGAUGAUCACUCUCAUAAUUGGACAUUGCAUUAGUCUGAAAAUUUGAUGUCUGAUGUUCACACAGAUAACUUUUUGCCAAAGGAUUUUUAAUUUUAUAAAAUCUCCCUCAGAAUCAGAAAGGGUUAUAUUGCCAAGUGUGUGUGUUUAGUUUUUUUUGUUCUUGUUUUUUUUAACACAUACAAGGAAUUUGUAUUGUGUUGUUGGUGCACGUCACUCAUUCUCUACAUGGAAUAUUGAACAAUAUAAGUAUAGAUAUAAACAACAUAAGUAUGUAUACAAUAUGUAUUAAAUAAAAAUUAAACCUAAAACACUACCAUUUUGGCAGACUCCUUGAUAAACCCACCAUUAUCUUACAAGAGGCUCACUAGUAGUUUCAGCUCUGUGGUCAGUACUUGUGCAGGGCUUUCUGACGUGACACAAAAGCCAGUUGUUACUGUUAACUAAACAUACUUUGCACUAUAGUUUUUAGCACGUGCUGUUGAGAUUAAAUUAGUAUUGAACACAAGAAGCGGCUACAAGCCCUGUCAUCAAUCAACAGUGAGAUCACAGAGCCCAUUUGUCUAAGGGUCAUUGGAUUCUUCUUGUACUUGGUCAGUAAUUAAAGUUUUUGAGAAGCGACGUUAAGACUACCGGAGCCAGAUGCUUUUCCAAACCAAAAGAAGAAAUUUGCAUUAUAAUGUUCACUCUCCCAUUAACCUUGUUUUGGUCCUGAACCCAACUCCUUUAGUUUUUGUUCUGGCACCAACAACGUCCUCUAACCACAAUUGCAAGAUUAAGGAUUGUAACAUGUCAAAAUCUGUUGAUACUCUUUUGAUGAUGUUCUGAAAAAGAUUAAGUCUCUCAAUAAAAGAAAUCCUAAUUCUCUCUUU